AUGAAGAAUCUGGUGAUACUAACCCUUGGGUUCGCCAUUGCUAGGGCGGUUGGGGAGCCUGCGCCUGCGCCAACACCAGCGCCAGAUCCAAGGAACGCGGUGGCCAGAAGAGCAGACACAUCAUGCACGUAUAGCGGCUCAGCUGGCUACUCGUCUGCUAGUGAGUCAAAAGCUGCCUGCUCAACCAUAGUCUUGUCUGCUCUCACUGUUCCGGCUGGCGUGACCUUGGAUCUAGAAGACUUGAAUGAUGGCACCACUGUUGUCUUUGAAGGAACUACAACAUUUGGGUACAGUGAGUGGUCUGGGCCUCUUUUCUCCGUGAGCGGCAACGACAUUACAGUCCGUGGAGAAGCCGGUUCGAUAUUGGACGGACAGGGUGCACUCUAUUGGGAUGGCCAAGGGGGCAGUGGAGGCGUAACCAAGCCAAAGUUCUUCAAGGCCAACAACUUGAACGACUCGCUUUUAGACUCCAUCACCAUUCAAAACGCGCCCAAGAAUUCUUUUAGUCUCAACUACGUUUACAACUUGACCGUAAAGGACAUCACUGUGGACGACAAGGCCGGUGAAGAGCUGGGAAAGAAUACAGACGCCUUCAACAUCAACAACGCAGACGGUAUCUUGAUUACAGGAGCAAAGGUCUGGAAUCAGGAUGACUGUGUGGCCAUCAACUCUGGAAAGAACAUUGUUUUCGAAAAUGGCUUCUGCUCCGGUGGGCACGGACUGUCUAUAGGAUCCGUCGGUGGGCAGACCAACGAUAAUGCUGUGCGAAACGUCACAUUCCGCGAUUCUGUCAUGGAGAACUCGCAGCAGUCGGUGAGAAUCAAGACCAUUUCAGGAGCCAAUGGAACAGUAGAUGGCAUCACCUAUAGCAACAUUGCCAUGAGCGGAGGCGACGAUUAUGGCAUUAUUGUAAUGCAAUCCUAUAACGGCGUCGACGGCGAACCUACAAACGGAGUCAGCGUGACCAAUUUUGUGCUUCAAAAUGUCACUGGUACGGUACAAAGCGACGCGGUCAAUAUCUAUAUUGAGUGCGGCGUGGGCAGCUGUUCCGAUUGGACCUGGACAGAUGUUCAUGUCACUGGUGGAAAGAAUAGCACAGACUGCCAGAAUGUGCCAGAGGGUAUAUCGUGUUAG